CCCAGCUCCAUCACCCGCGAACCACUCGAACGAGAAGAGAGAUUCCUCACUCCUCGCUCCGGCCAUGGCGCGCGCCGCCGUCUCCACCGCGCCGUUCUCCCCGCCGCUGCCGCUUCCUUGCCAUGCACACUCCCGUGUCGGCAUUCUUCGCCACCGGCGCAGGGGUGUCACCACCGCGGCUGCGCUGCCCCCGGCGGCUGACCUGCCCCCGCUCUCCCUGCCGGCCGCGGCGGCCGCGGCCGCCGCUCUGGCUGCGGCGGUGUCCCUCUCCGACCCCGAGCGCCGGCGACGCGCGCAGGCUGAGGCGGCGGGGGGCGGGGACAAGGAGGCGGUGCGUGCCUACUUCAACUCCACCGGCUUCGAGCGGUGGCGCAAGAUCUACGGCUCCGCCACCGACGGCGUGAACCGCGUGCAGCUCGACAUCCGGGACGGCCACGCGCAGACGGUGGCCGCCACGCUCGCCAUGCUGCGCGACUCCUCCGUCCCGCUCGCCGGCGCGACGGUCUGCGACGCCGGGUGCGGCACGGGGUCGCUGUCCAUCCCGCUGGCGGCGGAGGGCGCGUCCGUGCUGGCCUCGGACAUCUCGGCGGCCAUGGUCGCGGAGGCGCAGCGGCAGGCGGAGGCGGCCAUGGCGGUGCGGCCGGCGCCGGCGUUCCGGAUGCCGCGGUUCGAGGUGCGCGACCUGGAGAGCCUGGAGGGGCGGUACGACAUCGUGGUGUGCCUGGACGUGCUGAUCCACUACCCGCGGGAGGAGGCGAAGCAGAUGAUCAAGCACCUCGCGUCGCUCGCCGAGAAGCGGGUGCUGAUCAGCUUCGCGCCCAAGACGCUCUACUUCGACCUCCUCAAGCGCGUCGGCGAGCUGUUCCCGGGCCCGUCCAAGGCGACGCGCGCCUACCUGCACUCGGAGCGCGACAUCGAGGACGCCCUCCGCGAGGCCGGCUGGCGCGUCGCCAACCGCGGCUUCAUCUCCACGCAGUUCUACUUCGCCAAGCUCUUCGAGGCCGUCCCCGUCGCCGCCGCCGCCGCCUCGCAGUAGCUGCUGCUUUCUUUGAUUCUGGAUUGCAAAUUUUGCUCUCGAUCUAGGCUAAUGUAUGUAUGUACGUACGUAAGAAUCAAAUGGAGUUUUCCGAUGACUCAUUACCAUGUCUUCUCGGGGGAUUCGAGCACCGGUCAAUGGCGCGGUGGAGCAGCUCCGUGUCCGUACGUCGCCGGCCAGGCGCGCAUCACCGUGACAGGGCUAAAUUGUGAUUCUAAAUAGUAAAAAGGGGGGUAAUAUGUAAAAAUUCUGGUCUUAUAAAUAGUUAGACUUAACGGGGGUUCAAAUGUAAAAUUUCAGCACAAAGAGAAAAAUCUAUUUGUAGCCA